AUGUCGCUCUUUACCGCGGGUUCCCUAGUGUUUGGGUUGUUCUCAGGCCUGAUCAACGCUCAGACUGUGGCCUACAACAAUCCAGUACUUCCGGGAUGGCAUUCAGAUCCUAGCUGCGUCUUUGUUGCAGAGCUGGAAAACACCACAUUCUGCACGACCUCGAGCUUUUUAGCCUUUCCCGGAAACCCAAUUUACGCUAGCCAAGACUUGGUGAACUGGAAGCUCGCCAGCAACGCGCUUAGUCGUGUAGAGCAACUACCUGAGAUUCGCACAGCUACAAAUCAGCAGUUUGCGGGCAUGUUUGCAAACACAUUGCGCUUCAACAAGGGCCGAUUCUACCUCAUCUCGGCAUGGAUCAACACCGAUAUCCCGAACCCUAGAUUCAUUCUGAGCACUGCAACUGACCCCUUCAACGAUGCUUCCUGGGGCGACCUAAUGUUGUUUGAGCCAUCUGUUCGUACAAUCGACCCGGAUAUCUUCUUCGAUGAUGAUGGCUCCAUCAUUGUUGCCUCUUCCGGUACACCUAUCAUCGCCUCUUAUCUGGAUAUCACUACAGGAAAGUUGAGCGAGCCGUGGACUAUGUGGAAUGGCACAGGAGGCCAAAAUAUCGAGGGUCCUCAUCUUUACAAGAGAGACGGUUAUUACUACCUGCUCAUUGCUGAGGGUGGUACUCAACUCGGCCAUUCCGCGACGAUAGCUCGAUCCAAGAAUCUGAUAAAUGGAACUUGGGAAGCACUGUCGGACAUGCAGACUUGUUUGAAGAUGCGAGUGGAAACUGGUGGGGGCGUUGCGUUAUCACAGAGGUGGUCCCCGCUCUAUACAACCAGUCAAUCUUCCCCAUGGGUAGAGAAAAUGGUGCUCUACCCCGCCUCGUGGCCAACUGGAGGAUUCCCAACCGCACACGAAGUCCGUGGAGAGAUGAGUGGCCCGCUGCCUCCAAGCCAGCCAAACGGCGACAGUCGUGCGUCAGGCCCGCAAGUAGGUCUUGCGGAAAGCGUCGAUUUCGAAUGCGGAUCCUCGAUACCGAAAUCUUGGCUCUUCUGGCGCGCACCCUUUGACUCAUCCUCCUUCCAAAUCUCACCUAAAGACCACCCCAACACUCUCCAACUCACCUCCUCGCGCGUAAAUCUGACCGGUGACGCCACCUUUAACGCCACGGUCGAGGGCCUCGUGGCUGUUUUUCGCCGCCAGGAACACACUUUUUUCAACUACACUGUCAAUCUGCAUCUUGAUUUCGGCACGGCUCCCGGCGACGAACUCGGCGUGUCCAACUUUCUGAAUCAGGACCAACAUGUCGAUCUGGGUAUCGUGUAUCUGUCCACCAACAACAACUCAGAUCUAGCACCGCACUUCCGCUUCCGCACAAACUCUGUUCGCGCGAAGAUGCCGAGUGAGAUUACAAAACCAGUCCCCCAGGCUUGGUCUCAAAAAGGUGCUGCUAUCCGUGUGCGGAUUUCGCCUGUGAGCGAAAGCGUGUAUAGCUUCUUUGUUGCGCCGGCUGGAAACCCACAGGAAGAGACGCUGUUUACAGAGUAUAGCACUACGUUGCUGUCGGGUGAUGGCGCGGGAAGUGGUGGGUUGUUUGGGGUUUAUGCGACGACGAACGGAAAUAAGGGACAUGUGUUUGACGGAAAAGACAAGGAUAAAUCUCACUUCCACUUGUGA